CGAAGAGAAGUGUUCGAAACCUGAGGAGAUGGAAAUACUGAAAGUAAGUGGUUACGAGGCUUUCCGCGAAACUGUGGACAAGUUGACCAAAAACAGUAGCAGCCAAGUAAAUGUGUACUUCACCGGAGAGAAGGAUGAGACUGGCAAGAGCUGGUGCCCUGACUGCAAUGAAGCUGAACCCUUUGUGCUCUCCGCGCUGAAUGAACAUGCAGAUAAGAACUCAGUGUUUGUUGUUGUUGAUGUUGGACCGCGCGCAUUUUGGAAGGAUAUGAAAAAUCCCUUUCGCAAGGACACUGUUGCGCCCAUCUCGGUCAUACCGACAUUGGUGCGUUGGAAGUCGCCGGCGCGCUUGGAUGGCGAACAAUGCGCGAAACCGUCGUUGCUGGAGUUGUUCUUUACCGAGGAAGUGGAUUAAAAGCUGACAAAAAUUCUAAAAAUUUAUUUCAAUUCAGGAAGCUUAAAAUAAAAUGUAAAAAUCAGUUAAAUAAAAUUAUUUUUGCAACACUUUUUAAAGAAAA